GCGUAAUGCUGCAUUCCAGACAAGAUGGCGGACCACUUGAAAAAUGUUUGGAGAUUCGUGUAAACAUUCUCGUUGUUUACGUUGAUUUUGACCGACUAUAAAGGAUCUGUCAGUCCGGACUACUUAUGAGCAAUCUGCAGAUUGUGUAGAGGGCAUCCAUCAGCAUGGUGAAACAGACGAUCAAGAUCUUUUGCCGUGUGAAGCCCACAAAAGGCAAGACCGGGCUGUAUGAAGUAGAUGAAGACGAUUCAGGUUUACCCAAACUGAGCUUCUUUGUGCCGAAGGACCAGUCUCAGAUCGUCAACAACACCAAGGAAGAAUAUAACUUCAGGUUCCAGCGAGUGUUUGAGCAGCAAACCAAACAAGAGGAGGUUUUUGAGCACGUUGCACAGCCUGUCAUCGACAAUGCUAUAUCCGGCUAUAACGGCACCAUCUUCGCAUAUGGACAGACCGGCAGUGGAAAAACCUUCACCAUCACGGGAGGCGCGGAGAGAUAUGCAGACAGAGGAAUCAUUCCGCGGACACUCUCGUAUCUGUUCGAGUACUAUGAAAAGCACCCAGAGUUCACCUACACGACCCACGUGUCGUACCUGGAGAUCUACAAUGAGAACGGCUACGACCUGCUGGACCCCAAACACGAGGCUGCUAAGCUGGAGGACCUGCCGAAGGUAUCCCUGAUGGAAGACACUGACCAGAACAUCCACCUGAAGAACCUGUCUGUUCACCAGGCCAUGAACGAGGAGGAGGCGCUCAACCUGCUCUUCCUGGGAGACACCAACAGGAUGAUCGCUGAGACUCCGAUGAACCAAGCGUCGACGCGGUCCCACUGUAUCUUCACUAUCCACCUGACGGCGCGGGAGCCCGGCUCCGCAACCAUCCGCCGAUCCAAACUGCACCUGGUGGACUUGGCAGGGUCUGAGAGAGUAGGUAAGACGGGCGUCGGAGGAACUCUUCUGGCAGAGGCCAAGUACAUCAACCUGUCACUGCACUAUCUUGAGCAGGUGAUCGUGGCGUUGUCGGAGAAGUCUCGGUCCCACAUACCGUACCGGAACUCCAUGAUGACCUCCGUGCUGCGGGACAGCCUCGGCGGGAACUGCAUGACCACCAUGAUCGCGACCUGCUCUGUCGAGAAGAAGAACGUAGAUGAGUCCAUCUCGACCUGCAGAUUUGCCCAGAGAGUUGCUCUCAUCAAGAACGAUGCUCUGCUCAACGAGGAGGUGGAUCCUAAACUGAUGGUUCUGAGACUGAAGAAGGAGAUCGUGGAGCUGAAGGACCAGUUGUCGCUGGCAACGGGGGAACAGCCGACGGACGAGCUUUCUGGGGAGGAGACAGACAGACUAAACCAGAUGGUGCGUGGGUACGUGGAGGACACAGACCCAGAUGCCACACUGCCCGUCGGAGCUGACAUGAGGAAAAUCAACGAAUGUUUCAGAAUAUUUAAAAGACUGGUUCUGGAGAGGCAUGCUGGGAAGCACGGAGGCGUGAGUAACGGAGCUGUGGAGGAGGAGGAGGAACCGUCCGUCAGUGAGGACAGCGGGCUCGGCAGCGCACCCUCCACGGCAGGGUCAGCCGAGGUCAAGAAACUCAAGGACCUGCUGCAACAGCGAGACAACGAGAUCAACAUCCUGGUGAACAUGCUGAAGAAGGAGAAGAAGCGGGCGCAGGACGCGGCGCUGAUGCUCGAGGAGCGGGGCAUACCAUUCAGCACGGGGGAGGGGACGCAGCCCAACGGGCCGGGCAGACCGCCCUCCUCCAGGAGCAAGCACAGAAACAGGGAGGAAAGGUCCAGAGAGAGUGUGAGCGUCAGCAGAAGUCUCAGCCAGCCAGAUUCAAGGGAAAAGGAGACCACGCCUCCGUACUCACAGAGCACGACUGUACGACUCAGGAAAAUAGGAGGGGAGAUGUCCGUGGGCAGGCAGGAGGCGUUUGAGAUUUUCAAGCGGGACUACGAACACAGCGUCACCGUCGAUGACCAGAAGGGUCUGCUCAAACAAAGAUACUCAGAGGCAAAACAGCUGGGAGAGAAAGUCAACUCCUCCAGGGUGCAGAUCAAUCAUGUAAAGAGUCUGAUCCAGCAGCACAGAAUGGCCAGGGCAGCCCAGGGUAUCAGCGAUGAUGUUGGGUUCUCGGAGGAGCCAGAUGAGGAGGAGCAGCACCUGAGGCAGCAGAUGGAGGACGAGAAGGCCAGCUACAAGGUGACGUUUAACCGCCUGCGGGUUCUGAAGACGGAGAUCGAGCACCUGCAGCACCUGCUGGAGAAGGCGCGGCUGCAGAUGCAGAAGGACUUCGAGCUCUGGUGGGCGGAGCAGACCGUCAACGCCCACGCUCCGAAACCCCCUCAGGAGCCUCCUGCGGCCUGGAAAACCCCUCCCAUCUCCCCCAUAAAGCAGCAGCCCUCCUCCCGAAAAAUGGCCGCCAACUUCUCCAUGCACCCGACACAGGACCCCGGACCGUCCCACUCGCACCAGGGGGGGAGCAGAAGGAGGCAUGGGUCCUUCACAGAUAAUCCCGCGGCAGACGGAGAUUCACUCAGGGCCUCACACAGUUACCAUGGCAACCUGGAUGCGGUGGGGCUUGGUCACCAUGGCGACAGGAGACUGUCGUCUCACAGCGACAGUAGCGGCUCACAUGGGCGGGUACCCAGACACAGGGAGGUGUUGGAGGACUCCAGGUCGGCCGCCCCUGCCAUUCCCCUCACAGGAGAUGCUCGAGCCGAUGCUGACAUCAUGGCCUUCUUCAAGGCACGGCAGAAAAUCCUACAGCAACAAGGGAAGAGAUGAUAAAGGAUAGAGUUUCAUCCUGGGUCUCCAGCCUAGGGAGGACAAGCAGAUGCUGCUAUGGUUUCCUCAUCCUGCUGACAGUGGUGCUCAAUGAUCAUGAUGAUCUGUCGUUAGUUGCUGAAGCUGAAACACUGCUGUCAGUGACUUUGGAAUUCUACCAUGUACUGGAAUUCUACAUCUACCACCCACAUUUUGCAGAAUUCUAAAAUCUGGUGGCAAACUCUAUGAAAUUUCCCCAGUCUUAGGUGAUACAUUUGGGUGAAUAGUCUUUUGACCAACAAACCUGCCUGCAAUGCCAUCAUCACUCACCGGUGAUGCUGAAGCUGCGUAAGAUUGCAAUUCUGGAACUGUUGUCAAAUUACAGUUCAGAUCCCAAUGCUUUUAAGGUCUAG